GUUUGCAUCCCUUUGACGUGUCAUUUCUUCCCUGUAUGAAUCUACCUCAAACCGCUGAAAAACAAACACUCUCACUGUAUUGAUUCUUCUUGCUCUCCUUUUCAACCAUGACCGAUUUCCACCACCACCACCACCACCAACAACACCGCCCGCACCGUAUCUCCCUCCCACCGCGCACCACCGCCACUUCUAACCCUAACACUAAUUCCCCUUUCCCAUAUUCAUCAUCAACCCUAACCCCCACUCCUUCCAAAUCCAAACACCGCUCAUCAUUCUCCUUCAAUCCCAAACCAAAUUCAAAAUCCAAUUCCAAAUCCAUUUCCUUCAUCUUCCUCCUCCUCUUCUCCCUUCGCUCUCUCUACUCCCUUUUCCCUUUCCUCCGUUCCUCUUCCCCUUCAUUUUCUCUCUUCCCUUUUUCCUUCCUCGUUUCCCUUCUUUCCCUUUUCCUCACCCUCUCUUUCUCUCUAUUUUCCCCACCCUUUUCAUCUCACAGAGACACUUUUCAUAAACCCAAACAACAAUCAAUAUUCACUGUUUUCCCCUCAAUCACACACUCCCAGCAGACGAUUCUUAUAUCAAAAUCCAUUCUUUUAGCUUUGGUUUUUCUCCUACGGUUUUCGGCUCUUCGAUAUUGCAGCACUGCCGCGAUGAUAAUUGCCGAGUUUAUGGGAACUGUGACUGCCCGCCGGUUCCAGAGAAAUCGGAGAAACGGUUGGGUUGAAAUUCGCGGUUUUGUGUUGUUGUUUUUAGGAUUGUUUAUGUUGUCUUUUGGAUGGGAUAGAGUUGAGUGUUUCCCUUUGAGUAGAAAUGGGGUUGAUAAUUGUGUCAGGGUUUGGCAAUUGUUGCUUCCAUUUAUGUCUGGAUUUUUAGCUUGUUAUGAACAGUGUGUUUCUGUUGAUAGUUAUGGGAGAUAUAAGCAAUUGGAUCGUAAACGGGUUCGGUUAGUGACAUUGUUUUUCACUACAAUUGUGCUUUUUGUUCCUGCUGUGAUUAGUUAUUUUGUUUAUGAAGCUGGUGAAGAUAGUGUUUCUUUUGGGAAUUUGGCUUGGCCUUUGGCGAAUACGGUUGUUUUCGGCGUUCUUUUGAGUGAGAAUUGUUAUAGUGGUGAUGAUUUGAUGAGUUUCAAAGAUUCGAAAAGAGAGUUUUUGGUGAUGUUUAUGUGUACAUUGGUAUUGGAGCUUUUUUAUUAUCCUGAUAUUUCGCUUUGGGGUUUGUUGAUUUGUGGUUUGUUGCUGUAUGUGGCUGUUAGAGAUUUGAAUUCUUUUAAUUCCGAUGAUAUUAUGUUCGGAGAUGAGUCUUCGCAGUUUUUAACUGAAAUGGUUAUGAAGCCUAUUAGACAUAUAUUGAGCGAGAGGAAGUCAAGGAAAAUUGCGCUUUUUCUUUUGAUCAAUGCUGGGUAUAUGGUUGUGGAGUUUGUUGCUGGGUUUAUGAGCAAUAGUCUUGGGCUGAUAUCGGAUGCAUGUCACAUGUUGUUUGAUUGUGCUGCUUUGGCAAUUGGGUUGUAUGCUUCGUAUAUAUCUCGUUUGCCUGCGAAUAACCACUAUAACUAUGGCCGAGGAAGAUUUGAGGUUCUGUCGGGUUACACUAAUGCUGUUUUUCUGGUUCUUGUUGGAGCAUUGAUAGUUGUGGAGUCCUUUGAGAGGAUUUUGGAUCCUCAAGAGAUUUCGACUAAUAGUUUGUUGGUUGUUUCUGUAGGAGGACUUGUAGUUAAUGUUAUUGGGUUGAUAUUCUUUCACGAGGAGCAUCAUCAUGCUCAUGGAAUGUCUGGAUCAUGCUCACAUUCACAUCCACAUUCGCACUCGGAGUUACAUAACCACGACCCGCAUCAUCAUCAUCAUGAAAGCAACCGAGAAAUCAUUUCGGUUUCCAGUAGUUGCGAAGAUAAUUCAUGCUCUGGUGAUCUUAGACAUCACAAUCACUCUAGUCAUGAGAGGAAAGUCGAGUUUCUUACAGAUAGUCACAGCAUUCAGAGCAUCAAGCAUCACAACAAAGACCACCAUGAUCAUAAUAACCAUGAUGACCAUCAUGACCAUAAUCACCAUGCUCAUAUCCAGAAGCAUGAUCACCAUGAUCAUAAUCACCAUGCUGACCAUCAAGACCAUGAUCAUAAUCACCAUGCCGACCAUCACGACCAUGAUCAUAAUCACCAUGCCGACCAUCACGACCAUGAUCAUAAUCACCAUGCCGACCAUCACGACCAUGAUCAUAAUCACCAUACUGGCCACCUUGACCAUAAUCACCAUGAUCAUAAUCACCAUACCAGCCACCAUGACCAUAAUCACCAUGCAAGCCACCUCAACCAUAGUGAGUGUCAUGAUCAUAAUCACCAUGACCAUCGGCACCAUCAUGAUGCUGACCACCAUGGUCAUGAUACUGACCACCAUGGUCAUGAUACGCCUGUUCACCAAAAGCAAACUCAUCGCCACAUUGAUCACAACAUGGAAGGGAUAUUCUUACAUGUUCUUGCAGACACAUUGGGGAGUGUCGGUGUUGUCAUAUCUACACUUUUAAUUAAGUACAAAGGUUGGCUUGCUGCUGAUCCAGUCUGCUCAAUUUUCAUUUCGGUCUUAAUCGUAUCCUCUGUAAUACCAUUACUCAGAAACUCGGCCGAAGUUUUGCUCCAAAGAGUUCCUAGGGCACAUGAGCACGAUCUGAAAGAUUCCUUAGCCAAUGUUUUGAAGAUAAAGGGUGUUUAUGGCAUUCAAAAGUUCCAUUCAUGGAGCUUCACAGACACAGAUUUAAUAGGAACACUGCAUCUACAUCUGUCAACCGAUACUGACAAAAUAUCAAUCAAGUCUCAGGUUUCGCAUCUAUUACACAAUGCUGGAAUAAAAGAUUUAACCUUGCAAGUAGAAUGUGUUACAUAGUAUUGUUUUGAGAUAGUUCUUGUUAGCAUCUUUGAUUACUGAAUAUGCAUACACUAUUUGGAACAGAGAUCAAACAUGCUGAUAAUUUUCAUUGGAAUGUUAGAUAAUAUUACAACAUAAAUUUAUGUCUGUUUUCAUUUCUGAGAGAUGGUUGGUUUUUUAUGGGAUCUGUUUCUUGGGAUCUAAGAAUGUGCAGAGUUGUAACUUGUACAGAAAUGUAACACACAAACAUAGAUUGUGAAAAAGAAUACAUUGACAAUUUUGUAAGUGUGUAAGAAUGUGUGAUGUGUUCAGCAAAAUCAUGGUGGCGCCGUGGUUAUGUUGAACCGUAAGAAUGUAGAUUUUGCAAAAUCACGGUUCACCGUGAUUCUUCCUGUCUCAACUUCAAUCAUACACUAUGAAUCUUGAGAACUAUUGCAGUCUUAUGUGUA